AGAGAGAGAGAGAGAGAGAGAGGGUGAGACGUUGAGAGAGAAGGAGAGGGAGGGAGUGUGUGAGUGUGUGUGAGUAGGAGAGAUAGAGAAAGAGGCGGAGAGAGACUCAGUCUGCCCUUCGCCUCAGAGCGCAGCCAGUUUGGGUCCCCGCAGCAUUCAGCGGAGCUGGAGAGACUGUCACCGCCAUAACUUCCCACAUAUACGCUCACUUCGAGACGGAAACUUUUUUCUUCAUUUUUUUCAAAUAAGAAAACAAACAGAUCAACGAAACCAGCAAAGAACUUGAGAUCUUUUUUUGGAAACCUUAAAUACCGGAUUUUUUUAAAUUCUUUUUUUUCCUGGAGUCGUUCGGAGGAGCCAUAAAAAUCUACACCUAAAUCCAAGACAAAAAAAGAAAAAACAUCAAAAAUUAUAUAUAUUUACAUGUUACUAAGUGGUGGAACUUGAUGGAGAAAAGCAGAAACUCGUUUUGAACGUCACCCCACAGGUCCACAAAGGAGACUCAGCUGCAUGGCGCCUUGGUGAUACCUCGUUUCUCAAAAAAAAAAAAAAAAAAAAAUCUUCAUACCAGCGUGCGUAAUAUUAAAUAGAUGUGAUUCAGUGUUGGAGCAGUCCUUGCACACCUUUUUUCCCCCUCUUGACUCCAGAUUCCUGCAGAAUCUCCCAGCUCCACGAAGGAGGCGGAGUCUGAACUCAUAAAAAAAGAAAGAAAGAAAAAAAAGGAGAACUUUUUUUUCUGGACACCACAGCAAAUAUGAUGAUGAUGUCUCUGAACAGCAAGCAGCCCUUCAGCAUGGCGCACAGCAGCUUGCCCGAGCCCAAGUACUCCUCGCUGCACUCCUCUUCGUCCUCCUCCACCCUGACUUCCAACGCGCCCUCCUCGUCCUGCUCGUCCUCGCGCCACAGCAGCAGCAGCACCAUCAUCAGCAGCAGCGGCGGCAGCGGCAGCAGCAGCUCCGAGGUGAUGCGCAGAGCCUGUCUCCCAACCCCACCGAGCAAUAUAUUCGGAGGCUUGGAUGAGAGUUUGUUGGCCCGGGCUGAAGCUCUCGCGGCGGUGGAUAUAGUCUCGCAGACCAAGAGCCACCACCACCCUCCGCACCACAGCCCUUUCAAGCCGGACGCCACCUACCACACCAUGAACACGCUCCCCUGCACGUCGUCGUCGUCCUCCUCCUCCUCUGUGCCCAUCUCUCACCCGUCCGCGCUGGCCGGCCACCACCAUCACCACCACCACCACCACCACCAUCACCAGCCCCACCAGGCGCUGGAGGGGGACCUGCUGGAUCACAUCACCCCAGGACUGGCGCUGGGAGCCAUGGCGGGGCCGGAUGGCUCGGUGGUUUCCACGCCUGCGCACCCUGCCCACAUGGCGGGCAUGAACCACAUGCACCAGGCGGCCAUCAACAUGGCCCACGCGCACGGGCUGCCGCCGCACAUGGGCAUGACCGACGUGGACGCCGAUCCCAGGGACUUGGAGGCGUUCGCGGAGAGGUUUAAGCAGAGGCGGAUCAAACUCGGGGUCACGCAGGCGGACGUGGGGUCAGCUCUGGCCAGCCUGAAGAUACCCGGGGUGGGCUCCCUCAGCCAGAGCACUAUCUGCCGCUUCGAGUCCCUCACGCUGUCGCACAACAACAUGAUCGCGCUCAAGCCCAUCCUGCAAGCGUGGCUGGAGGAAGCCGAGAAGUCGCACCGGGAGAAGCUGAACAAGCCCGAGCUGUUCAACGGCGCGGAGAAGAAGAGGAAGCGCACGUCCAUCGCCGCGCCGGAGAAGAGAUCGCUGGAGGCCUACUUCGCCAUCCAGCCGCGACCCUCCUCGGAGAAAAUCGCGGCGAUCGCGGAGAAGCUGGACCUGAAAAAGAACGUGGUGCGGGUCUGGUUUUGCAACCAGCGGCAGAAACAGAAACGGAUGAAGUACUCCGCAUGCGUCUAAAAUUAAUAAUAAAAAAUAAGAAAAAAAAUCACAGAAAAAUGACCCAAGAAAAAGGACUUGGAACUGUUAAAAUCCGAUUUGUAUUAUAUUUCCUAUCACACUCCUCUUUUUCUUCAAUCAUCAGUGACUAUGAACUUCGAAUUAAAUUCCAACAAACGAAUAAUGACUGAAAAAGCCAGAAAACAACCAUCAGUCUUUUACGCGCAGAGAGAUGAAGAUGUGGAGUCCAGUAAAGGCAUCAAGUAAGACCCACUGUUUCCACACAUUUCUAACGCAGGACCUUUUAGGCUUCAAGGUUUUUAUUAUUUAUAUUAAAUUUUCAUUUGAAGUGAAAUAGUUUGCGUUAAACUCCCCUAAAUGAAAGCAGUAUAAAAACAAAUACACUGAACUCAAAGCACUUGUUUAUUAAUGUUUCUAUAUAUUAUUUUGUGCUACUAUUUCCCCUCUGAGCUCAUGACAAUGCA